AUGGAAGAUUACUUUAAAGUGAUAAUUCGCGACGAAAACUGGGAUGUGCGAUCGGCAGCAAAGCGGUACGGCGAGCUGUUUCAGCUGUACGUGGAUCGAAAAAAGCCGACCGAAGUUUACAUCAAGUACAAGAGCAUCAUGGACGCUAAUAAUGCAAGGGCAAACCUGGCAAAGAACGAGAAUGUAGUACGUGUGGAAGCGUUGGAGAAAUGGAACAUACCGGCAAAGAAAAUGCCGGACAGUAAGGUACCGGAAAUAAAAAGUUCCGGAACCGGAAUGGCUGAAAGAAAUGCACAAAACCGAGGCGUGGGUAAUAAGUGUGACUCAGGCAUCCGAGGAAUAGGCGAUGGCCUGAUCGAACCGAUACCGCUGUUGUUGGGCAUGUUUAAUGCGUGCACUGCAUGUCGCAAGAGUAAUGCCUCAUAUCAGUGUUUUGUAUGCGGUGCGUUCUACUGUGGAGAGCAAUGCCAACGGACCGAUUGGCCCGGGCACAUCGUCCAAUGCUUACCGCGCUUGGUCCGGAUCCAUACUGGUUUUAUGCCGAAUGAAACACAAUCGAUGGCGUGCCCUCCACCACCAAUUACUCCAAUGCACGUCAACACGAAUCACGCACCGGCGAAGAACAAUCUGAAGCAGAAUUUAUCGAACCAACAGGAUGGACUAAAUAGGGCAUUCGGCACGAAUGUUGCUCCUAAAAGCCCGAUAAAGGCCACCAAACGAGAGCAGAAUCAGGACGAAGCAUCGGUCAAGAUAGCACCACUACAGGGAAGCGUACCGACCAAUGUGCUCAAGAAUUUGGCCCUAAAACGUCACCAGGAGCAGAAAGCUUCCACAUCAAAACCGACCACAACCACUGGUGCUGCUACUACUGCUGCUGGAAAGGUAGAACAGCAAGAUCAGAUGUUAGCCACCAAUGCGAAGGAAAAUGCUUCCAAGCUGGCGAAACUAGUGCAACAGAAGUCGGCCCCUAAGCGUACGAUUCAGUACAGUGCAUUUCCGCUUGAGGGUGAGUACGUGAAGAUCUCGUACGUCGCCGAUACGACACUGUUCGUGUAUCGAAGCGGGCAGGAAGCGAACGGUCAAACGAAUCGUUACAUUGACCUGAUCAAACGGUCGGUAGAAUGUGCACGGGGCGUAAAGGAGUUGCUGACGGCCGCACCGAAACUCUCCGAAAUUGUGUUUGCGCCGUUCGAUGGUGACCAUUACCGGGCGGUAGUAAAGUCGGUCGACGGUCCGAUGGCAACCGUGUUUUAUCCCGACUUUGGUAACACACAAACGGUUGAAUGGAAUCAAAUGAAAGAGAUACCGGACAAGGAGAUACAGUACUGCAUGUGCUACACACAUCCGGUAAUGGUAGAAGGUGUGUCCGAAUUUUCGCCACUGGUAAAACAGUACCUGGAAGAGUUGCUGGAGAUGGACGAUUUUGAGCUGAUCAGGGUAAAUAAGCAAAAAUCGGCCACAACGGUUGAAAUGCGCCAUGCGCAGGAACUCUACCUACUGAGCGAAAAGUUGAAGGGGCUUGCCAAGGAGGAAAAUGACAAAGAGGAAAGCAGAGCAGCGGCACAAGCAGCAGCAAAAGUAGUAGCGGAAGAGAAAGCUGACACGGCUGAACAGCUGCCACCUUUAGAUUCACUUUCCUUGUACGUCAAAGUUACCGCCGAAGAUUUUAUAGAACAUGCACUCCCGCUCGGUGAGGACGUUAAGCUGAUGGUGGUGGAAGCGUCCGAGCUGAACGUUUCCAACCAACUGUCGGUGAUACUAACGUCGGACAGUUUGGCAUUUGCCAAGAUGAUGAAUGAAUGCGAUCAGUACGGAAAUAAGGACCCGAACGCUUAUCAACCGAGCAGCGAAAAUGAAGUAUUUCUGCUUCAUUUUGACGGGGUGUGGUGUCGUGCGUUGUUGGCCGGGCUCGGAGAGCAGGUGCAGUACUAUUUGCUCGACCUUGGUAUUAUUCGAGCGCUGGAUGAGAAGCCCAAAUGUCGCCGUUUUCCUACCGGAUUGACACGCAAAAUGUUUGUCUGCGAGUGUAUUGUGGACAAUCUGGAAGCGUUGGGCGAGUUUGCUAAAGAGGAAAAUAAUGAUAUGCUGCGAGGAAAAAUAUUGACCGCUAAGGUUUACCAGCACACGGACGAAGAAGGCGAGCCGAUGCACGUGAAGAUCCAUUCCAUUCAUUAAUCAGU